AGUAACGGUGAAGUGGACAUUUUUACUCCAACGAUCACCAUGGAUUCCAGACAGCCAAGUCUUCCACCACACAAACCAACUCUGAUUCAUGAAGGUCCUCCAAAACGAUACUUUCUACAUACAGAGAGAAAAAUGAUUGAUGAUACUGGAAAAGUCCGAAAAUGGACUUAUGGAAUAAAAGACACCAGUAAACAAAACAAAGUUGUUCUCCUGGUGGGAGAGACUGGCGCUGGCAAGACGACUCUCAUCAACACCAUGGUCAACUACUUACUGGACGUUAAGUUUGAGAAUGAAAUAUGGUAUGAAAUCACAGAAGAAGAAGCCAGAGAUCAAUCAGAAUCACAAACCUCUGAAAUCACCAUGUAUGAGGUCUUUCCUGAUGAGAGUCCCAUGUCACUUACCAUCAUUGAUACUCCAGGCUACGGAGACACUAGAGGACUGGAAAAAGAUCUGGAAGUUGCUGAGAAUUUAGCCACUCUGUUUCAGAGCAAUGAUGGAGUUCGUGAAAUUGAUGCGGUGUGUUUUGUGAUUCAAGCGGCCAAGAAUCGUCUCUCAGACAGACAGCAUUACAUUAUCAGUUCAGUUUUGUCUUUGUUUGGGAAAGACAUUGUGAACAACAUUGUGUUUUUAAUCACACACUCUGAUGGUCUGCCACCCAAAAAUGUCAUCGGUGCCAUUAAUAAAGCUAAAAUCCCCUGCAGACGAGACAAAAGUGGCCAACCUGUCUAUUACUUAUUCAACAAUCGACAGGCUGACGCCCGUCACAAUGAGAAGCGUUACAUUCGUGCUCAAAGAGACGCCUGGGAAGACAGUGUGGAAGAGAUGAAGAAAUUCCUUCAGUCUCUGGAUGAAAAGAAUAGAAGAAGUUUAGAGUUGACUUCAGAUGUCCUGAUUAAGCGUAUUCUAUUAGAAGCAUUUAUGUGCAAUUUACAGCUGCGUGUUCAAGAGAUUGAGCUGAAAAAGACUGAAAAACUCCAGAUUCAGGAGUCAAUAAUGCAAAACAAGGAAAAGAUUGAGGAGUGUAAAAACUUUACCAUUAGCUUUAAAAAGACUGUGAAACUGAAGGUGCACAUUGACAGCGAAUCAUGGAAGCACAGGAAGGCGACGACCUGCACUGUCUGUGAGGAAAACUGCCAUGAGUUUGGCUGCUGGUGGGCUUCUGAUCCCAGCAAAUGUGAAGUUAUGAAAAACGGCUACUGCACCGUGUGCACAGGGAAGUGUCAUCACAGCAAACACGUCAAAGAAAACAAGAAAUACAUCAUCAAAAACUCCAACAUAAAGAUAGAAUUUGACAACUUUAUAAAAGAAUAUGAAAAAGCUGAAGAAGAGUCCAAGAAGUUUUCAUUUAUAAAGGACAGACUUGAGAAAGAUCUGCAGGAGAUUGAAACACAAAAGUCAAUUAUUCUGUUCAAUGCUUACAGAACCAUCAAGAAUCUGUCUGACAUUGCAUUGAAACCAGACUCUGCCUUCACUCUUCAGCAUCUCGACUUCUUCAUCCCCAGAGUGAGGGAGGCUGGGAAAGAAAACUGGGUACAAGAGCUGGAGGAAAUGAGGAGAAAUGCUGAAGCAGAAGAAGCCAAUAAAGACAGUCUGAGUUACCUUCAGGCAGGUCUGGCAAAAAUAGAUCUUUUUUUAAAAAAGCAAUGAACACAUGCAGACAGGACAAUUGAUCAGUCAGUGACAAUGAGGAAAACUAUUUACAAUGAGUAAUAAAUGCAGGUCACUUGCUGUAAAUCUGAAGAUAAUA